AUGUUCACAGUGGAUCCUGUGGGGCGCAGUGGAGGGUUAGCUUUAUUUUGGAUGGACACAGAGGAGGUCACUAUCCAAAACUUCUCCUUCAGACAUAUCAAUGCUAUGGUUACCCUUAGGGGGUCGGUUCAUCAGUGGAAGUUUACGGGGUUCUAUGGGAAUCCGGAUUGUGCGCUUCGGGGUGAGUCAUGGAGUUUAUUAGCCCAACUCAGUCAGUUAAUCCCUGAUGAUUGGCUAUGUCUGGGUGAUUUUAACGAAAUUGCUGACCAAACUGAAAAGGUGGGGGGAAGGGUUCGAAAUGAAGCACAAAUGAGAGCUUUCCGGGCUACUCUAUCAGAUUGUUUGCUUAAUGAUUUGGGGUUCAGGGGCUCUAAAUUCAGUUGGAGUAACAAUAGAUACUCAAGGGAGUUUGUAAAGGAAAGACUGGAUAGGGUUCUAGCUACGGUUGGUUGGUGUGCUAAAUUCCCAGAAGUUGAAGUGCAGGUGAUGGCUUCUUGUAGCUCUAAUCAUAGACCUCUCUGGGUUUCCUUCACCUCUCCCCCAAUCCGGAUCCCCAGAAUCUUCAGAUUUGAAGCAAGCUGGAAUGUUAGUGAAGAUUGUGCGGAGGUCAUAAAGAAGGCUUGGUCCGAAGUUGGAGGUACGGGGUCACCUAUGCAAGACAUUCUCCAGAAGCUCCGACAAUGUCAGCAGGCUCUUUCUUGCUGGAGCUCUUUCGAAUUUGGCUCGUUCACAAGAUCCCUUAAAGGCUUGACUAGAAGACUUGAGGGGUUACAAGACAAGGAGAAUCCGAGUAAUUUGGAGGAGAUAAAACUCCUACAGCAAGAGAUUCACCAGUUGAUGGAGAUGGAAGAUAUUAGAUGGAGGCAAAGAGCUAAGAGGAAUUGGGCUCACAAGUGCUUCACACUGGAGGAGAUUAAUGAAGCCUUGGCACAAAUGCAUCCCUUGAAAGCCCCUGGACCAGAUGGUUUUGGGGUAUGCUUUUAUCAGCAGCACUCAGACAUAGUUGGUGAAGAAGUUAUAAAGGUAGCUCUAGAUUUUUUGAACAAAGGUUUUUUUGACUCUUCAUUCAAUUCAACUUUUAUUGUCCUAAUCCCUAAGCUGCAUGUUCCUGUUUCUGUGGGCGAUUAUCGUCCCAUAAGUCUGUGCAACGUGCUGUACAAAAUAGUGACAAAGGUGUUGGCCAACCGGCUAAAGAAGGUGUUGCCGGCUCUCAUUUCCCCAAACCAAAGUGCCUUUGUUCCCGGUAGAUUGAUCACUGACAACAUCAUUGUGGCCUAUGAAGCUCUUCAUACCAUGAACACAAGGAUGAGGGAAAAGAAAGGAUACAUGGCAGUGAAGUUGGAUAUGAGUAAAGCUUAUGAUAGGGUGGAGUGGGUUUUUCUGGAGAAGAUGAUGAGGAAGAUGGGAUUUGCGGAACAAUGGAUUAAGCUGAUAAUGAACUGUGUCUCUACAGUCUCUUAUUCAAUGCUGAUUAAUGGCCAACCUAUGGAACAAUUUUCUCCAUCACGUGGACUUCGGCAGGGCGACCCACUUUCUCCAUAUCUAUUUUUGCUUUGUGCAGAGGGUCUUAGUGCUCUUAUAAGGACAACAGAGAGGGAAGGUAGGAUUUCGGGUGUGCCUAUUGCAGUGGGCGGGACUAGGCUGAGCCACCUCUUCUUUGCAAAUGACAACCUCCUCUUUUGUCGGGCAAAUUCCAUGGAAUGGUCCACGAUAAUGGAGAUACUGAAUGUAUACGAAAGGGCAUCGGGCCAACAGUUGAAUGCCGCCAAGACUUCGGUGUUUUUUAGCAAAAACACAAGGAAUGAUUUGAGAGAAUGGGUGAGAUCUACUGCUGGUCUGUCAGUUGUCUAG